AUGCUAGAGUGGUCUGCCCUCUCUGACCUGACCUGGCUGUUGGGCGACACAGAUUUAGUCAGGCUCGCGACUACACCGCCGGCGGUCGUAGCGCGCGGCGCGCGUGCAUCCGUCCCUUUCCCGCAAACCGUUGCUAGUGUCGGUGCGAAGGGAACGCAGCCGGAAAAAAACGCUGGGUACAUGAAACUCUACAAAUGUGAUGUGAGGGAAGGUGGAUGGGAUGUAAUCCUG